UCUCGAUGCGCAUUAUUUAGAAUGCUCUGGCCAUGCACCCAAUGAACCAAUCCACGAGCCAAUCCACGAACUUCCCUUCCUUACACUGAACGGUGGGGUCCGUCUAAUCCCUAUCGGCAACCCCAGCCGAGGGUCGACCGCUUAAUCUUAUCGACAAAAAAUGCCUCCUACCGACUGCCCUGACCAUGCUUGUGUCACCGUCAAUUGACCAUCCCACAACAUGCCGACCGACCACGGGGCCGUCUGGGGCCAGCGAUGGCGUUCAUCUCCCGGUUUCAUCGUCGCUACCAUGUCAAUGGCCCUGUUCACCGACGUCUUUCUGUACACCUUCCUCGUCCCCAUCCUUCCUUACGUCCUUGAGAAUCGCCUCGGAAUCGACCCCUCCCUGACCCAGCGUCUGAGUUUCGCCCUGCUGGCUGAAAGCUCCGUCAUCGCGCUGGUCUCGAGCCCGUUCAUCGGGAACUACGCGGAUACCCUGCCCUCCAAGAAGGCGGUGCUUUUGGCCUCUCUGGCGGUUGCGCUGCUUGGGACGCUCGUUCUGGCUGCUGCACCUUCGGCGGCGGUUUUGUUCAUAGGUCGUUUGAUCCAGGCCAUUGCGAGCUCGUUCAUCUGGGUCGUCGGCUAUGCUACUAUCGCUGAUAAUGUUCAGCCGGAGAACCUGGGGAAGACGUACGGCUUUGUCUCGGUGGUCGUGGGAGCCGGGACUUCGGGCGGCCCGAUCAUUGCGGGCGUGUUGUUCGAAUUGGGCGGGUAUUGGCUGGCGUGGUCCAGUGCUUUCGUCAUCAUGGUCUUUGAUAUUAUCUUGCGGCUGUUGAUGAUUGAGAGGCCGAGGUCUAUUCCAGGAGACGACUCGGAGAAUGAUCCACUACUGUCCGACACGCGUGGUGACAGCGCUGUGGAGGAAAAGACAGGCCUGCAGUUCUACCUGUACAUGUUCCGACACCGCAAAUUCGUCUGCGGAGGCCUGAGCUAUCUGACGUUUGCGAUCCUGACUACGAGUUUUGACACGACGCUACCACUGCACGUCCGCGACGUCUUCGGCUGGAAGAGCAUGCUAGCGGGUUUGAUGUUUUUCGCCUUCCAAGGCCCCAGCAUCUUGCUCAGCCCGCUCACUGGCUGGCUGAAAGAUCGCGUCGGAACGCGCUGGCCAACAACUGCCGGGUUCAUUGGCGUGGCUCCGGUGAUGUGGCUGCUUGGGACGCCGGGCGACGAUCGGUUCCCCUGGAUCAACGAGGGCAAUCGCGGACAAAUCAUCUACAUGAUUGCGAUGACCGGCAUCGGCAUUCUGACUUGUUUGCUGAACGGAGCCGGAACUAUCGAAGCCACAGUGACGGUCGAUGAGAUCGAGGCCAGGCACCCAGGGAUCUUUGGUCCCCAUGGGGGAUACUCGCGGGCGCUGUCGAUUGCCAGUAUGAGCUGGACCCUGGGAUCGUUUGUCGGGCCGAUCAUUUCCGGUUGGCUUGCAGAGCGAUUUGGAUAUUACGAGAUGAAUUGCGUGCUAGCGGUACUAUGUUUGCUCUCCGGCCUUAACACCUUCAUCAAUUUAGAUUCCCGAGUGCCAAAGGAUCGGCAAAUUAAGACUGAUCAACAACACCCCUGAAUCUGGAUUCGCUCCCGAUUUCCCGGUCGAGCGAUCUGAGCGCCGUUCCAGAAUCUUUGCGGACAGAUACAGAGUUAGAUUGCAGUACAUACAGAGACAGAAUAUAGAUCACUUAGACGGAACACGCCAAUUGCGGGGUGACCGCUUGAGUAGACAUAUGAUCUGACAUAUCGAAUGUCACGUCGGCCAAGAUGUGGAACGAUGAGGGGUUGGACGGGAAAAGGAGAUGCGAUUCCCCGGUGGGCCUGUCAGCAGAUUCAGGAAUCGCAUUAGCAAUUUAGCUGCGAGCAAACGGCGCGCUAAUUAUAGUCAACGGCUGUAUCCAGGCCGAGGCUGCGUCUGUCUGCUGUCAGCUCCGGUCUCACUGGACGAUGCUAGCUUCC